UAGUUUGUAAUCUCGAUGACUGUAAAAAAGUUGUUAUCAAACGCAGCCGUGAUUAGUCCCGAGAGUGAUUUGUAACAAGCUAGUCGUGCUUCAAAAUGGGUUGGAAUCGUCCGAAUAAGCCAGCAAUACCGACGGUGUACUACACGUUCCGUGCGAAGGACGCUGACAGUGACCAGCUGGCAACCUAUCGAGUGGAAGAUCUCACCGAGGAUCGCUACGAUGACAUGAUACAGCAUUACAAGGAGAACUUUGUGGACGAUGAACCGUUCUGCGAGAAUCGGAAGGUUUCCAGCCAUGAAGACGCGCUGGAAGAAAUUGUUAUGUUCUGGUACUGGUGCUUCUCGCAGCAGACGACCAUCGUGUGCUACAAGGAAGGGUCAGACGAGAUUGUUGGAGCCAACCUGCUUCAUGUCAAGACGCCGGAGAAGGAAGAGUGGCCACUACACAGCAAACAAAUAUCAGACAUUGUGGCGACAAACGAGUACAUGACUGACAACUGUAACCUGUUUGAGAAGUUUGGCGUUGACAAGUAUCUUACGGCGUACGGAUUGGCCAUCAAUCGGCGGUACCGUGGACGCGGAAUCGCUACGGAGAUGCUGAAGGCAAGGGUUCCGAUGUGCAAAGCGUUCGGUCUCAAGCUUACUGCGACCAACUUUACAGCUCCGGGAUCGCAGCAGGCGGCCGCGAAGGCCGGGUUCAUCACGGACUUUGAAGUGGCAUACGACGAUUUUGCCAAGAUGGGUCCAAAGUACGCAUUUCCAGGAAUUAAUUCGAAGAGUCUGAAACUUAUGAGCUUGAAGAUUGAUUAGCUAUACCAUUAGUUUAAUUUGAAUAAUGAAAUAAAUAGUAUCAGCGGUUAA